AUGGCUGCUGCAGCUGUGACUCUUCUGGGCUUGGAGUGUGAUUGGGUGGAGGUCAGCGAAGAGCUAAAAUUCUUCUGGCACCGGCCACCAUGGGCUACAGUGGAAGAGCAGAUCACAGAUUCAGAGACGGUUCGGAUCUUCCUCAACGGCUGCUUCGACUUGAUGCAUGUUGGCCACUUCAAUGCGCUCAGACAAGCAAAGCGCCUCUUUUUUCAGCAAGGGUACAAGAAGGUGGUUUUGGUCGCCGGCAUCCAUUCCGAUGAUGCCAUUGCUCGGCACAAAGGUCCGCCCAUGAUGUCUGACGACGAACGAAUUGCAGUGCUAGAGGCUACGAAGUGGGUGGACGAGUUCGUGACGCAUUUGCCUUACGUGUCCAUGUCUGCGCAACUAGCAGAUGCUCUUCGAGUCAAAUGGAUAUGCCAUGGCGAUGACAUGCCAAUAUGCGAAGGUGGCGGAGGCAUGUACAGCGAUGCUGUUGAAAAAGGCCGCUUCCAACUGCUGAAGCGCACGGAAGGAAUAUCCACAACACAGAUCAUUCAGCGCCUCAUCCGGCAACAGGGCUUGGGAAGCGAAACGGAGGUGGAUGCCAUGGAAUCUGCUCUCGCCACAACGCAGCGUCUGGGACAGUUUGCAGCGCCUGCUGAUCCAGAGCAAGAUGCAAAGCUCCUGACCUCGGCUAAGACGGUGGUAUAUGUGCCGGGCAUCUUCGACCUCGUGCACCCCGGCCACGUCAGUAUCCUACGACAAGCUGCGAAGCUCGGAGACUACCUGCUCGUUGGCCUGUAUUCCGACGAGAUGGUUCGCUUGCACAGAGGGACGCCACCUGUGUUGACGAUGUUGGAGCGAGCUAUGGCCGUGCUGUCAACCCGUUGGGUGGAUGAUGUGGUCCUGGGCGUGCCAUGGAAGAUCACAAAGGAGCUCCUGGCCACCAUGAACAUCAGCAUGGUGAUCGUGGGGAGGCCCCCGGAUGGAUUGGAGCCAAAGCAGCUCCAGGCUGAGGAGGACCAGAUGGACCUUGCCCGCUCGCAGGGCAUAUUGAAACAACUCUGGAGCUCCUUUGCGGUCUCCUCGGAAGCAUUGACCCUCGGACCUUCCACUGGGUGCUGGAGUGCCCGUACCUUCGUACACCUCGGCUUUGGCGGGGUAGAAGGGGUCGUUAUUAGGGGUUCCCCUAACAAUUCGCCAUCGUAA